AGGACUUUGUGAUGACAAGUGGUUUUAUUUUGCUGAUGUAAACUCCUGUUUCCGGUAUUACAGUUACCGAAUGAAAUGGAAUGAAGCUGAGGAUUUCUGCAAUCGAAACACACAUUAUGGAAAUCUGGCAACUGCGACCUCAGACAGACACAACACAUUCAUUUCAACAGUGAUCACUUAUGUGGAUAAAAAGAACCCAACGGCGUGGAUUGGCCUGAAUGACAUAUGGAAGGAAGGGAAGUUCACAUGGAGUGAUGGAACAAGCUACACCUAUAGAAAUUGGGCUAAAUCUGAACCCAAUGAUCAACAUUCCAAUGAAGACUGUGUGCAGAUUCAUUUUUUUUCAGGUACUAAAGAGUGGAAUGAUUCUGACUGUGACAGGAGACAUGGUUUUGUUUGUUCGUACAAACUGCACUGAAAUUGGAA